AUGGAUGCUAAGAAAGAUCCAAUCAUUAUCCUUGAUAAAGAGACUAUGUUAUCAGGGGCUACUUCAACCAAUACAGGUGAAGAGAAAAUAGAAACAGAGAAGAAAGAUGAAGAAAAGAUAGAUGAAGAAAUGAUAGAGUCACUACUGAUUACACAAAUAGAAUAUGUGCAAACCACUGCACCACCAGUGAGGGACAAGGAAAAGGAAGAGGAGAAAGAUAAAGAGAAAACAAAGAAGAAUGUAGAAAAUAAAGCACCGAAGAAGGAUAUAGAGAUGCAGAAGGAAGAAGAAAUUCUUCCUACACCUAUUGACAAACUGGAACAUUUGGUUACAUCAUUAGGUGAGCAGAUGAAGAGUCUUGAAGAGGCUUCUAUCAAGAAUGUGGAAAAGGAAUAUAAAAAGAGGAGAAUUGAACAAUUGAUGAAGGAAAAUGAUAGAGAUAGAGUAGGUCUUGCUAUGAACUUAGAGCAGAUUAAGGAAGCAUUAUGGAGCAAAGGGGCUUUCAUGCAAUUUGUGUGGAAGAAAAAUAUGGGACAAUUCAAAGCCAGAUGUGAGAAAAGGAAGAGUGAACAGCCUCACAAGGAUGUAACUCGAGUGGAAGAAGAGGAGUGGAAGGAUAAAUAUAUCAGACAACAAGAAGAUGCUCCAGAGCAGAUAGAAAAGGUUGCAGUAGAACAACAAAUGGAAGAGGCCGUUGAUAUUGAAAAAGACUUGUAA